CGACAAACUAUCAAAGCCCACCAAGCUACAAUAGCGUAAUGCAGAGAAUGAACAAUAGUUUUAAUCACUCCUUAAGACCAUUAGCAAUCUUUGUGAGCUUUGUAGGCUUGAUUUAUUGCGUAGUUAGAGGCGCUUCUUUACUCAAAGAUAGCACUGAUUCUGCAUCUGAAUUACGUACAGCAGAUAUCGCUUUAGGUGCUAUAUACCUCGGUUUAAGCGUCUUUGAGCUCUUCGGUAUCAUCGUAGCAGUUAAAAAAUCACCUCGUACUGUGGCUUUAUAUGCUAAAUCUAUCAUUGGCGCUGGUUUUAUCAUAUCCUCACUCGAAAUCGCUGCCUUAAUCGUGCACAUUAAGCUCAAGAGUGAGAGCAUAGACCACUGCAAGAAUAGAUUGUCAGAUGAGGACGAUCAAACGAGAGUCGAUGAUUUCUGUAACGACGACUGGAGUCGCGGUGUAUGGGUACACGCGAUUUGGAUGGCUGUUAUCAUCGUUUUGGCUAUCAUAUUCAUAGGUUUGUGGUGGAGAUACAAAAAUCAAUUGCAAAAUAAUGCGUAUCACGUUCCGAAGGAGAAUGAGCCACAGCAGCCACAAGCAUAUCCAUUGCAGGCUAACCUACGCUAUGCGCCUACUCUGUCGUACGCUCCAAGUCGCAACCAGCCAGAUUAUGUGCCACCAUAUCCUACAGAUGCCGCGCCUCCUUACGACGCCAAGGAUUAUAGAGAGGACAAAGAAUUCCAAGAUGUACCUUUCCAUAACGAUGCAAGUUCAUCCAAUCUCAAUUUAAACAGACAGAACCACCAUGCAGUUUAGUUCUAACUUAUCGAUACGUAACAGACAAUUAUCAAGACAUUCAGUAAACAGACUAACACAGAGGCAGCUAUAUGCUGACUAAAUUAUUAAGUUAAGCUAAAUUAUUUGUUUUCGCUUUGUAUUUAUAAAUGAAUGUAUGAUUUCU